UCAUCUUGGAGCCAGCAGUGCAUUGUAAACCUCAGAAGUGCGAACGCUAAUCAAAUCAGGAACUUCGAGUAGCUAAAAAAAAAACUUGCAGAAAAAUGAAAGUGCAAAUUUUAACUUUGGCAGUGGUUUUCCUAGCAGGAGCCUACGGUCAGCUGCUGUGCCACCACUGUGAAGAUUGCGCCCUGGGUGUGGCCAACAUAGAGCUGUGCGGCAUGGAAAACGGUGGCGGCCCAAACGUUCCCGAGCAUCCGACGAUCCUGCCUCCGGACAACAUUGAAAGUACCACCGCUCCAACUCCCCCCGUUGAGCUACCCACGACGGCCCCCACACCGCCGAUCAUCAAUCCAACAACGGUUCCGACCCCACCCGCGGACGGUGGCCCCAUUCUGACGCCUCCGACGUUCCCGCCCACCACCGUUGUCCCCGGAGCGACGAACAACCCCGGACUGGCCACACCACCAAUCACUCCGAUGUCCACCGAUGUCAAUUCCCGGGUCGUCAUCCCAAUGGAACCGUCCAGCCGGUACGGAUGUGUCACGGUGCAGAGUACAGUUGGCAAUCGGGAGGUUAUCCGGCGAAGCUGUGCACGACUUGGGGCCAGCAACCAGGAAACCUGCAGCGGAGUCGCGUUUGGACAAGUUUCACGGUGCAGCGUGUGCAAAAGUCACUUCUGCAACGCUGGAUUGUAAGCAGGGCUCGAAUACUUGCGUGGAGUGUGAUAUAUUGAUUUAAGUUUUAUGUAUUAUUAUGUAAGUGAUCACGUGAAAUAAACUCUGAAUUAUUUAUUUUACACAU